ACGGAGCGCACCGCUCUGGCGAUGUGUGCGGAGAUGGGAGCCGUGCCCGGCGGCAGCGCCCUGCAGAAGUUCAAGUUCUCCAUUCCCUUCAUGAAGUUCCGCAGCGCGGCGCGUGUCGUCAUAGCGAUACAUCGUCUGCAGUCCCUCGUGGCGACAACGAAACAGCUAACGGCGGGAGGCGGUGGUGGUGACACCGAGAUGCAGAACGGUGAGUCAGCUGUGAUCUAUGACCUGAGCAUGACAGGUGACACUACACCUGUGAGGGACAGGACACAGGUGCGACGACAUCGAGUGACAAGUGACAGGAUCAUGGCGAGCCGGGGGACAGGCAGCAGCCCCGCGUACGCGUCGCUGGCCGGACGACAGAGGCCGAGGCCAUCGUCGACGGGGGCAGCCUCCAGCUACGGCUCAUCCUACACAGACGACUACCUCCAGCGUCUCGGCCGCAUGCGCGAACACAUAGCAGGAGCAGCUAUCGCGGGCGGUUACAAGAAGUGAGAGCGAUGGCAGGAGAGAGAGAGAGACGGACGGUCGCCACUGCGUGCUGUAGCCUCGUCGACGCCACGUCGCUGCAAUUCUCUCCUUAUCGAUGCCAUCGUCGAUCCGCGCCUUGCAUUUGCGACCGGAAGUGAGACCGAUGGCAGGAGAGAGAGAGAUGGACGGUCUUCAAUCUUACGAGAUUGCAUCUUACGAGAUUCAAUCUUACGAGAUUGCAUCUUACGAGAUUCAAUCUUACGAGAUUGCAUCUUACGAGAUUCAAUCUUACGAGAUUGCAUCUUACGAGAUUCAAUCUUACGAGAUUGCAUCUUACGAGGCAGAUUGCCGUGCAGCGACCGGCGUUCGCGAAUUUUCGUUUUUCCGCGUGUGAAGUUAGUUUCAGGAAUCUGGCGAUGACGACUUGGCAAGCGUGAUCGACCUUGUGUUUGCUGCGGGCGUUCUGAUUUGCGGCAUCCGCCCUCCUCGGCUCAUUGCUGCGUCGUGUUAGCGAGUGGCGACGUCGAUUUUUUUCAAUUGUACAGAGAGCGCGAUUUGUGGCGGCGUAGUGUUUAAUUUUUGGGGGUUAUUUGCAUUGUUUAUCGAUCGCACAGAAGUAUUUUGUAUUUACAACUGUAUGGGUUUCGUCUAAUGGCUAGAGAGGAGGUUCGCAUUUAUUAACGAGUAAGAUUAAUUAGUGAUACGGUUAAUAACUUGCCACCACGCAUUUAAUUUAUGCCUGAUUAAUAGCUCUUCUGUGUAAGGGGGCACGGCGAGCGAUGCAGUGCUUAUUACAAGAGAUGCGCUAAUGCUCCUGGCUUUUGCCUGCGCGUGCAUGUGGCGCCAUCUGGUGUGCAAAAUAAAUAAAGAUGGAGAGGCGAUGUAAUGGAACAUUCCCUGUAACUGGUAAUGAACCGGCUGUCACAUGCCAGGGGGCUGGAUCUUGCUCUACUAAGCUUGUGAACUCGUGUCGUGCUACACCCGAUCGAAUCUUACUGGAAGUCGGUAGGAACGAUUUAAAAUCUGCGUAUAAAAUCUGCGCAUUCUCGCUGUUGGUUCAUGCUUACUGUUAGCAGACAUUUAGUGUACAAUAGAUGGGGUGUGUAGAGAGGGAAUGUCGGCGUGUAGUCGUAAUCACCUGCAGGCUGAUUAGCAACCAAACCUGAAUCAGUUCAUGAGGAAGCAAAGACUAAACUUCAUUCCCCGUACUCGUCUGUCUUUCCGACACCGCGAAAAUGUAUGUGUCGCGUAAAGUGGUUCCCAUGGUGACAGAUACGCAUGUUGCUCUUGUGUUUAUCUGCUAGAGGGCGCGGGGAGCAAUAACCCUGGUGGCACACGUUGUGUCUGACGGUGAUGUAACCCAUUGUUUCGACGCGGCAUUUAUAAGCUAGCUUUAAGGAAAGCGUAAUUUGUGGUGAUACUUGACAAAACUGUAUUUUUUAAAUAAAAUGCUUAUGCUGCAGUUAUGUUA